CAGCGCGGUGGCGAGAUGAGCGCGCCGCUGUCUGCCGCCGAGGCGCUCUCCUCUCUGCUGUGGCAGCCCUACGAGUGCCGCUCUCCGCCGCUCGCGCGCUCGCGCACGGAUGGCGCGCUGUCCACCGUGUGGUUCGUCGCGGGGGACGGGGCGCGCGCGCCUCAGUCGCCGAACGGCGGUCGUCAUGCGCGCGCGUCGUACCGCGCUACAAUCCUCCGCCACGAGAUGCGGCUGCCCGUGCCGGCGCCCGCUCCGCUGCGAAAGUCCGACUCGGUCUCGGUGCGCGUGCCCGGCGAGCCGAGCCGCGAGUGCAAUGUGAACAUAGUGCAGGUGCAAGCACCUAGUCCGAAUGUGAACAGUGCGGUGCAAACCGAAAGGGAGAGGAGCGUAGCCAGCGCGGAAUGCCAGACGGAGGAGCCGGCUCGGCGGCGGCGAGCUCGCCGCGGGCGGGCGCCGCGCGCUCCAGACCUGCUGGAGAGCGUGCCUCCGCCCCCGUACAGCACGCUGCCGCCGCCGAUGCAUCCCGUGCCUGUGCCCGUGCCGCCGCCGGCGCCGAUCAUCACACCGCACCCUCCUGCGCCUAGAUUUCCUUUUCAACCAGUACCACUCAGAUCAGGCAGAGGCGCCGCCUACGCGUGUUCAGAGGCAGAAGGGAACGCGCCGAAGUCCUGCUGUGGUCGGCCUCCGUUGAGCCUAUGUGUACUCUUCCUCGGAGUGGUCGGGGCCUGCCUGGUGGCCGCGGGAGCCACACUGGGCGCCUUGAGGCCGCACCCGACACCACUUACGUUAAUACUUUUAAUGAUAGGUAUAGGAGUGGUGUUAGUAACAGCAGCAGGGCUAGCGUGGAGGCUAGGGGCAAGAGAUGCCCCUUGUGCCCUAUUCGGGUUACGCCGUGCGUCAUGCAGGCGGCUCGUGCCCCGACUGCCCCCGAGCUACGCCAGGCCACACCACCCGUAUGCGGCCAUGCUAUAUCCUGAGUUUCACUAUAGGCCUCCACCACCGACUUACCAAGCAUCUAUGCAAGAGUAUAGACUCAGGUUACUUCUCUUGGAUAGAAGUGCGCCAGUGGUAUCACCACCCCCAACAUACAGAUCCAAUUCAGCAAGUCUAGUCAGAGGAUCAACGGGAGCAGCGUGGUGCGUAUCCGAGUACAGCGGCCCGCCGUCGUACCGUGCACCUCGCGCCGAUCCGCCUAACACAGUCUCCGACAACCUCCCCUCUAUAACUCCCAUCGAUCUCAAAUAUUCCAACGACACAAUAGAAGCUCUUCCCAAACCUACCGAACAGGAGAAGGACCCCGACGAACAUCUCGUUACGAUCGUCCACACGGACGCUCAGCCCGUCAUCGUCACAGUCUCUGGGUCUCCCGCCCUCAACGAGUCACGCACACCGCCUCCGUCGGAAAUCGACAUACUCGCACAUUUAUAACAAAACACGCGAAUGUGUGCUCCCGUGUGUUGUGAACGACGAUUGUUGAACAAUGAAUAAACAAAUCGACGGAGAACGAAUUUGAUUGAGUGCUUUCAGAUCGUAUGAAAAGUGAUUAAUUGGUGCCCUAUUGUGAAUUAUGGUUUGAAGUGGUUUAAAUUAUAGUAUAGAGUGGUUUUAAUUUGUAUCGGAGAUUUCUAUGCAGAUAUGCGAAUGUAAUCUUUCUUUUAUAAUUAUUGAACGUGUAUUACUUAGGUAUACUAGAUUUUAAAAAUUUGAAUAAAAAUUGGAUUACAUUUACAUUUUUGCAUGUUGCAUAUUAUAUAUAAUGAUUGCGUGUACCUUAUCAUGUAGAUAUGAAAUGUAAAUAAUGGCUUUGUUUUAUUAAUUUAACAAAGAAUGUGCCGUGUAUAUAAGUUACAAAUUAUAAAUAGGAUAAUAAAGAAUACCUUAUGUUAUAUGUGAGAUCAUGUUAAUACCAAAACUCACCAUAAUGUACAACUUCUGAUUUGUUAUUGAAUAGAGUGCCUAGUACCAAUGGUGUUUAUAUCUUUUGUAAAUAACGUGCUUCAUUUCUGUCUUUAUUACUUGAUAAUUAAAGAGAUACCUACCGUGAACUUGCUAUGUUAGAAAUAUUCAGGGAGUAAGGAUAUUUUUAAUUCCGAUCCUUCGAUCACCGUAAUGUAAAUUUCGUAAUAGUGUUUGCUAAAUUGUACUAUUGACUUUAUCGGUAAUACUUGGACGUGUCGCUAAUAACGAAAAUGUAGCUCAAUGCGAAGCUAUUAAAUAGAGAUCAUCUCGAUUGUCAAGAGAAACGGAAUAUUUGCAAAGCAUGUAAAAAGAAAUGAACAUUUUUUUAUUUUGUAUUUCUUACAAAUUCAAAGUCACUGUGAAACAAAAAAAGAGUCACUGUAACAAUAAAUAUGUGAUGUACAAAUUAUCAAUCAAUCAAUUUUGUAUCCAUGCAUGUAACUUUUUUUAAUAAAUACAAGUUAGCACACCAAAAUCAAUAUUUCCUAUUUCCUUUGUCUCUUUCUAUAGCGACAUGGUCAAGUAUCAAAAUAUCGAAAUAACAAAAUAUUCUAACAGCUGCAACCGUGACCUUUACACUAAUGAUUGAAUGAGGUCAACACACCUAAGAAUCGUAUUACCUAAUUUAUACUAGUUAAAUUGUUUAUUUGUGUUUUUUGUUUAUAAAGUUACUAUUUAAAUGAAGUGUUUUUAUGAAUAAACAUCACCACAUAUAUUUAUCUAACAAUAUGAAUUUGCUUUUAAACAUUGAGGCUAAUAUUCAUGAAUACAUUUUUUUUUCCUUAAUUAUUUUUUAUUGUUUUUUUUCCAAAAAGUAUAAAGUUAUAAUAGGUACCUAUUGGUAGAUAUAAGGUUUAUAACAAUGUAUGUUAUGAAUAAAGUGUACAUAAUGUUAUUUGUAAUAUAAGAUAAAUAAAAAGUCUUUAGUUAAAA